AUGUAUGAACAAGUUAAUUCUGGGAAAUGGAAAGAUGUAAAAUUAUACUUAAGAAAAACAAUAACAAUUGCAUCAUAUUUAAAACUACUGGUCCACUUGAAACACUCUAUUAGACUGACAGAGGACUUCAUCAAAGAGUCAUUUAUGAUAAUUGAUCAUGGUAUCCUUUUUGGGUGUCCACUUAAUGAAGAACCAAAGUUAUUACAAAAGUGUGCAUCAGUUAUAAAUCCAUUUGCUUCGCAGCUGUAUAUUAAUGAAUACUUAAAUUCAGAAACAACCAGUGCUGUAGUGUUUGAAAAUAAUUUUAAUAAUUUGACAUCAAUUGAUAUUUUAGAUUGUCCAAGUAUGGAGACAUUUUUAAGAGACUAUAUUUUAAAAGAGAAACCUGUAGUUUUAGAAAAUUGUAUAAACCAUUGGCCAGCAAUGGAGAAAUGGAAAGAUCAGAAUUACUUUUUAAAGCUUGCUGGUUUGAGAACAGUAGCAGUUGAAUUAGGUAGAGAUUAUACGAAUGCUGAAUGGACUCAAAAACUAAUGACAUUGGAAGAAUUUAUAAAGAAUCAUAUAUUUAACUCAAAUGGACCAGUGGGCUAUCUCGCUCAGUAUCAACUUUUUGAACACAUCCCGGAACUGAAAAAUGAUAUUGCAGAGCCUGAAUAUUGCUGCUUUUCUGAUGUUAAUGAUAGUGUAGACACUAUGGCAUGGUUUGGCCCUAAAGGUACCUUGUCACCACUACAUUAUGAUGCAAAAAAAAAUUUGUUAGCUCAAGUAGUUGGUAGAAAACAUAUGUUUCUUUUCUCACCAAAAGAUUCUGAUUAUUUAUAUCCAUAUGAUUCCGAGUUGUUACAUAAUACAGCCAAAGUGGACCCUAGAAAGCCUAACUUGGAAAAAUACCCCAAAUAUAAGGAAGCUACACCAUACUAUUGUACUUUAAAUCCGGGACAAAUGUUAUUUAUACCACCCAAAUGGUGGCAUUGUGUUGAAUCAUUAUCGGUCAGUUUUUCAGUAAGUUUUUGGUGGGAAUGA